CAUGCGGCCCGCGCCGCCGCAGCCGCCGCCGGGUCCCGGAGCCAGAGGCCGCCCGAGCCGGAGCGCGAUGGAGCGAGGGCCCCAGGCGGGGAGGCGCGGCCGAGCGCGCGGCCCGACGCCCCCUCAGUGAGCGCCCGACCGCCGCGGCGCAGCCCGAGGGCGGGCUCGCGUCUGCCCGCCUCGCCGCCGCGCCGGCGCUUGGAGCCCGCGCCGCCUUCCCGCUCGGGCCGCGGGCCGGGGACGGCCCGGGGCUGCAUGGCCUCGCCCGCGCGCCGCCGCUGAGCCCUGGGCCGGAGACGGAGCCGGAGCCGAAUACCCUCAGUGCUGCUCUGGGACACGCCUCUGUUGGAUUUAAUUUACAGUCAUCAACCUCGGCUUUUAGCGAUGGACUCGCGCUGAAUAAUAGUCCAUCGUCUGGAUGUCCCACAGUUUAUUUAUCCAUUCACCUACUGAAGGGCAUCUUGGAUCACUUUUAAUUGUCUCUCUGGUCUUCUCUGAUGGGAAGUAGACAGUAAACAAAGCCAGCUGCUGACCUCUGACCUCUCUGUGAAUUGCCUGGAAGAGGGGGUGUUGCCGCCCGGAUGCUUGUGCCGUGUUGUCCCCCAGUUCCGAGAGCCCUGGACUGUGCAGGACGUUGCUCCAGAACGAUGCAGCCUUCUGUUCAGGGAGCACCUGAAACACUUCGCGUGGAAACCAUCCCCACAGCGGUGACACUCUGCGGAGUUGGUGAUGGGCGGCAGGGAGAAGGAUGGCCUCGGGCUGUGGUCUCCUGGGGUCCGAGGGUGUGCACCCCAGUCCAGAGGCGGUACAAGGCCCUCGCUGGGCUCCUUGGGAAGUCUGUGUGCCCGUCCAGCCAAUGUGCCUUUGCCCACACCACUUAAUUUUCCUUUCAGAGACAAGACCAGUAAUUCUUAACCUGGGCUUAGAACACGUAGAGUGUCAUGGGGUCUGUAGCUAUUUCAGAAUGCCGCCAAAUUCUCCAAAUGCAACCCACACACUGCAUUUUUGAGAGUGAGCUCUGCCCCUGGACUCAGCAGUAGGAUUGACGCUCAGGGCCCUGAGCCACGUUCUGAAGCAGAGCCCCGCCCGGAGGUUCUGGUAGCCAGCUUGGGGGCUGCUUGGACCUGGACCCGGUCUGUUCACCCCUGUGCUGCAGCCUCACCGCUAGGCCUUCAUUUCCCCAUCUGUAAAUGACAUGAUUUUGGAUCCUUUUCAUCUUGACAUUCAGAGGAUAGUACUGGGUCAGGGUCUACAAAAGAUUGCUGUAAAAUCUGGAAUAGUGCAUCUUAUUCUUGCCGAGCAAAAAGGACCAAGUCCCAGUCAUGCCCCAGCCCGGGGCGCAUGGGCCCCGCGUGUCGGUGUCCGCGUCCUGCAGCCGGCGGGCACUCUCUGCUGGCCUCCACGAGUCUCCAGUGGAGCUGAAUGGACAGACAGGCCCACCAGGCGGGCCGGGCCCUCCCCCCUGCUCCAGUCUCCUCUGUGCUCCUGCUGUGGGACCACGCGGCCCUGGGCGUCGGCUGCCACCAGGGAGACAGACAGAAAGCCAGUGCUUCUUUGAGAGAAACGCUCAGAUUUGUAUAUGUUCAUCUUUUCUCUCUUCUCAUCUAGUUGACGGUGAUCAUGGUGGGAUCCAGGGAGUGGGGCACACGGAAUAAAGGGUCUUGUCGUGGGUGAGGUCUUGGCGGGGUCUGUGAUAGAGCGGGGGCCUGGAGUAGCUGUCUCUCCUGCACGCCCAUGUUCCUGGGCCCUGUCAUCUCAGGAACUCCUCAUGUUGUAAACACGGAGGGGCCCAGAAAACUUCUGUCUGUAUAGGGGCAUCUGUCAAUAAAAUGCUUAUUUACUAAUUUCAUUUAAAAGUAGGAGGAAUAAACCCACUGCAUGUUACUCUAAAUCACUGUACUUUGCAAAAUGAAAAACUGUCAUAUGUUGCUUUGGUUAAAGUAUACCCCCCCCCAAAAAAUGUAGUUGGAAUAGGGAAGAAUAUUUGAAUAGCUUUAUUUUUUGGGGGCCCCACCACGCAGCUUGCGGGACCUUAGUUCCCUGACCAGGGGUUGAACCUAGGCACCGGCAGUGAAAGCGCCAAGUCCUAACCACUGGAUGGCCAGGGAAGUCCCUUCAGUAGCUUUUUGAUAUAAUUUUGGAGGUUUUAUUUGAUAUGACACUGAAACCCAACAAAUAGUCAUGUGGUGAUGGUCACUGGCAGUGUGCGUCCUCCAUUGGGUCACACGUGUUUCUUCUCAGCUGUAUUCGACCCACUGGUCUUUCUUGCACUGUAACUGGACCUUUUACCUGUGUUGGAUUUUGCAGCAUUGUGCAUUGGCAGUUGGUCAACUGUGGUUUGCUCAGUUAUUUCCGUCUUCCAGAUGCUGAUGUAUUUUAUUUUGUUACUUUUGUUUCUGUUACCACCAGUCUCAUCAGAAGAGCCUUUAAGCCAUCAAAAGCUAUCUGCUCAUGGCGUUUUCCAAAAUUCUAAUAUUUGACCAAAUGCUUGAAUUUUAGCCUUGGCAAUAAAACAGGUCAGGUGCUGGGACUUCCCUGGCGGUCCAGUGGUUAGGACUCUGAGCUUCCGGUGCUGAGGGCCUGGGUUUGAUCCCUCGUUGGGGAACUAAGGUUCCGCAUGCUGCACGUCGUGGCCAAAGAUAAAUAAAUUAGGUCAGGUGUUUUCCUUGAAGUGGCAGUCUCAUUUUGUUCAUUUUCUAGAAACACUCUGCCAAAUACCCUCGUUUGUAGAGUUUGUAUAUCAGUCAUUCUUCCAUAUAAAAAUGCUUUUGCUGGAGACAGCUGUUAUUUGGUACACAGCAGAAAUGCUUCAUGUACAUUUCACAUUUUGUUACAUAGAAUAUGAAAAAGACAAGUACGGAAAGGCUUGGUAUUUAAUGAAAUUAGUAAUUCAUUAAUUAGUGGUUCAUCGUGAAGGUUCUUAAGCAAAUUGGGCCAUCACCUUUGCAUCAUGAGUGCAAAUACCACCCCAGCUAAAAAGGCAGUGUUGCUAUGAAAAAAGUUUGAAAAGGGCUGCAGGAAUUCCUAAGGGUCCUUGGACCACAUUUUGUAAACAGCUGUACUAAGCUCUUCAGCAUGUAUGAGAAAUCGUAGUUGAACAAAUCAAGUCAGUCUACAUGCUUAUCGGUCUCUCAAAAUUCCACAGCCUUAGGAGAAUCCGAUGGUGUCCAUGACCUCUCACUAGUGCGUAAGCUCACGAGUUCGUGUGCAUUUUCAGAGGGCUCCUGAUUUGGUGGACCCUUGGUAGUAAGCACCCCUCCUGUUGUUCUCACAGAAAUGUGAACAUUGCCGCCCCCCCGCCCCCCCGUUUAAAGUAGGUCUGUGCAUGUCUUCUGGCGCAUGCUCACAGACUCAGCACACAUCCUCAGCUGUGUGUCGGUGCUCUAAGCUGCUUCCCCUUCCUCUGAUUUCCUCUUCCGGAGCAGACCAGCGGCAGAAGGCAGUGCUGUGCGGCCAGGCUUCCUGUGUGCCAGCUGCUCUUGGGGGUGUGGACUCUGCUCCCAGGACAGGUUGCUGGGCGAGGUCCAGCCCACUCCUCUGGCAGCACACAGCCCUUCCCUGGGCCUCAUCCAGUUUCCUUGCGUAAUUCUUCCUGCUGAGACGCUGCCUCCAAACUGAUGGUGCAUCUCGUAGUUUUAGACCCUGAUUCUCUUGGAUCAUUUGAGCCAUGUAGUUUCCUCUUGGGUCACUUUGGUUUUGUCUUCUGUAGUUCAGCCUGGUCACUUGAUCUAAAAAUCUGUCUUUGUUUUUCCAAAUUUUGCAGACCUUUUAAGAUGAUCUGGAUUGCAAUGACUCGAAAUAUAUCGAUCGGUACACAUUUGCUGGUUUGGAGAACUUUUUAAAGUUAUGGAGUUCUGUAUACUCAACUUUUAUUAGUCUUCUAAAAAAUUGCUGUCUCUGAAUUGACUAUGAAGGGACCUUGAGACUGACGUUCUAAUAAUGCUGGGGCCGAUCUGCUUUAAUUGGAAGUGAGGACGCUGGGCCUUUCCCCAAUAACUCAGUAACCUCCUGGAUGUAACUCUGCAGGCCGUUUACUAUGAAACUCUGAUGUACAACCCGACGGGGUUGUGGUUUGGGAGGCAUAUGACCACAGAGGAGAAGUGCCUGCUCAUCAUGUCCAGUCGGGGUGCUGGCUGGCCCCGCGGCCGCCUGGGUGAGGAACGCCUGCAGUCCCGUCGGGGUGGAAGCGUCUCCAGGCUUCCAUUUUACGAAGCGUUCAUUGCAUCAUGUGAGAACGUCUGAAGCGUUUGUUUUGCUUGAUGUCAUCCAUGCUGUCAAGAUUAUUAUUUUCUUAAAUGAACGUUUUGUCACUUGGGAAACGAUCUGCUUUCUCCACCCACCAGAGACGGUUGACGAUGAAGCGAUGGCGGCGUGAAUAAAGGCCUGGUGAGGAGGAAACGAUGCCCAAGGGUGGGUGUUCUAGAACCCCACAGCAGGAGGAGCGUUCCCUGAGCAGCGACAUGGUGGAGAAGCAGCCCGGGAAAAAGGAUAAAGAUAAAGUUUCUCUAACCAAGACCCCAAAGCUGGACCGCACUGAUGGUGGGAAGGAGGUGAGAGAGCGAACGACCAAGCGGAAGCUGCCCUUCACUGUGGGCGCCAAUGGAGAGCAGAAGGACUCGGACACAGAGAAGCAGGGUCCCGAGCGGAAGAGGAUCAAGAAGGAGCCUGUCGCCCGCAAGGCCGGGCUGCUGUUCGGCAUGGGGCUGUCUGGGAUCCGCGCCGGCUACCCGCUCUCGGAGCGCCAGCAGGUGGCUCUCCUCAUGCAGAUGACGGCCGAGGAGUCUGCCAACAGCCCAGUGGACACGACACCAAAGCACCCCUCCCAGUCGACAGUGUGUCAGAAGGGGACGCCCAAUUCUGCCUCAAAAACCAAAGAUAAAGUGAACAAGAGAAAUGAGCGUGGAGAGACCCGCCUACACCGGGCGGCCAUCCGGGGGGACGCCCGGCGUAUCAAGGAGCUCAUCAGCGAGGGGGCGGACGUCAACGUCAAGGACUUCGCAGGCUGGACCGCGCUGCACGAGGCCUGCAACCGGGGCUACUACGACGUGGCGAAGCAGCUGCUGGCCGCCGGCGCAGAGGUGAACACCAAGGGCCUGGAUGACGACACGCCCUUGCACGACGCCGCCAACAACGGGCACUACAAGGUGGUGAAGCUGCUGCUCCGGUAUGGAGGGAACCCUCAGCAGAGCAACAGGAAGGGCGAGACGCCGCUCAAGGUGGCCAGCUCCCCGACCAUGGUGAACCUGCUGCUGGGCAAGGGCACCUACACGUCCAGCGAGGAGAGCUCGGCCGAGAGCUCCGAGGAGGAGGACGACGCCCCAUCGUUCGCACCUUCCAGCUCAGUCGACGGCAAUAACACGGACUCCGAGUUUGAGAAAGGUCUGAAGCACAAGACUAAGAAUCCGGAGCCCCAGAAAACUGUGACCCCCGUCAAGGAUGAGUAUGAGUUCGACGAGGACGACGAGCAGGACAGAAUCCCUCCCGUGGACGACAAACAUUUGCUGAAAAAGGAUUACAGGAAGGAAACUAAGUCAAAUAGUUUUAUUUCUAUACCCAAAAUGGAAGUGAAAAGUUACACUAAAAACAGCACGAUUGCACCAAAGAAGGCGUCUCACCGCAUCUUGUCGGACACGUCAGACGAGGAGGACGUCGGUGUCGCCGUGGGGACCGGGGAGAAGCUGAGACUCUCGGCUCACACGACACUGCCUGGCAACAAGACACGGGAGCCUUCCAGCUGCAAGCAGCAGCAGGAGAGAACGAAAGUGAAGAAGAAGCGGAAGAAGGAAACCAAGGGCAAGGAAGUGCGGUUUGGGAAGAGGAGCGACAAGUUCUGCUCCUCCGAGUCCGAGAGCGAGUCUUCGGAGAGCGGCGAGGACGGUGGGGGCUCGGCGGGGAGCCCCGGCUGCCUCAAGGAGUCCCCGCUGGUGCUGAAGGACCCUGCCCUGUUCAGCUCCCUGUCCGCCUCCUCCACCUCGUCCCACGGCAGCUCCGCCCCCCAGAAGCAUAACCCCAGCCACGCGGACCCGCACGCCAAGCACUGGCGGACAGACAACUGGAAAACCAUCUCCUCUCCAGCCUGGUCCGAGGUCAGCUCCUUAUCAGACUCCACGAGGACGAGACUGAGCAGCGAGUCUGACGGCUCCUCCGAGGGCUCCAGCGUGGAGUCACUGAAGCCGGUCAGGAAGAGGCAGGAGCACAGGAAGAGGGCCGGCCUGCAGGGCGCGCUGCCCGAUAGGAAGAACUCCUUCCAUCCUGGCGGGGACGGCGCCAUCCCCAAGCUGGACAAGGAGGGCAAAGUCGUCAAGAAACACAAGACGAAACAUAAACACAAAAGCAAGGAGAAGGGGCUGUGCUCCGUCAGCCAGGAGCUGAAGCUGAAGAGCUUCACCUACGAGUACGAGGACUCCAAGCAGAGGGCAGACAAGGCGAUCCUCCUGGACGACGUGCCGGCUGAGGGCAAGCUGAAAGGCCUAAAACACGAGAGAGACCCCUGUAAGAAGGAGGAGAAGCUCAGCAAAAUGAAGUCGGAGGAGAAGGAGUGGCUCUUCAAGGACGAGAUGAUCAAGGUCUCCAGAGAGGAGAAGUCGCUCAAGAGAAUCAGGGAGCUGAACAAGGACGGGGGCAGGGCCUUCCGGGAGGAGAAGGACCGGUGCAGCAAAGCCGACAAGGAGAAGCUGCUGAAGGAAAAAUCUCCAAAAGAGGAAAAGCUGAGGCUCUACAAGGAGGAAAGAAAGAAGAAGUCCAAAGACAGGCCCUCCAAGUUAGAGAAAAAGAAUGACUUUAAAGAGGAUAAAAUUUCAAAAGAGAGGGAGAAGACCUUCAAAGAGGAUAAAGAAAAACUCAAAAAAGUGUAUAGGGAGGAGUCUGCUUUUGAUGAAUAUUGUAACAAAAGUCAGUUUCUGGAGAACGAAGACACCAAGUUUAGUCUUUCUGAUGACCAGGAUCGGUGGUUCUCUGACUUGUCAGAUUCAUCCUUCGAUUUCAAAGGGGAAGACAGCUGGGACUCUGCAGUGACAGACUACAGGGACAUGAAGAGCGAGUCUGUGGCCAGGCUGAUCCUGGAGACGGUGAAAGAGGACAGUAGGGAGAAGAGGCGGGAGAACAAGGCCCGGGAGAAGCGCACGGACAGGGACAUCUUCUCUCGGAAGAAGGACAGGGACUGCCUGGAACGGGGCUCGGAGCGGAGGAGAGAGCACGCUGCCGACAGGCACAGGGCCGUGCCCGGCUACCUCUGCGAGAAGGACAGGAGGAGGCGGGAGUGUGCGGAAGGCGGCCGGGACAGGAAGGAGCCCCCCGAGGCCGCCAAGGAGCGGAGGGAUGGCCGCGCAAAGCCCGAGGAGGCGCACAGGGAGGACCUGAAGGAGUGCGGCUGCGAGGGAGUCUUCAAGGACAGGCCCGACUGCGACUUCGGGAAGAGCCUGGAGCCCUGGGAGAGGCACCACCCGGCGAGAGAGAAGGAGAGGAAGGAGAGGCUAAAGCUGGAGAAGCACAAAGAGAAGUCCAGUGACAAGGACAGAAACGAAAGACUGAUGCUUGAGAAGUGUCAGAAGGACAAAGAACUUGAUAAGUGUUUCAAAGAGAAAAAGGACGCCAAGGAAAAGCAUAAAGACGUGCACAGCAAAGACAAAGAGAGAAAAGCAUCUCUCGACCAAGGUAAAGACAAACGGGAGAAGACUUUCCCCGGAAUUCUCUCCGAGGACUUCUCUGAAAAAAAAGAUGAAAAGAAGGGUAAAGAGAAAAGCUGGUACAUUGCAGACAUAUUCACUGAUGAAAGCGAAGAUGAAAAAGAUGACUACGCGGUGAGCGGAUUCAAAGUCGGGGAGGCCGGCGAGGGGCGGGGGGAUGGCCCCCCCGAGAGGGAGGACGGGCGGGAGCCGCACCCCCCCGACAGGCACCGGAAGCACUCGGCCGACAGGCAGCAUGCGGAGAAGCAGAAAGACAAAGAAAUCAGAGAGAAGAAGAAGGAGAAGGGCGCCACAGACGGGGGGAAGGACAAGAAAGAAAAAACCUUGGAAAAGCACAAAGAGAAGAAGGACAGAGAGUCCACGGAAAAAUACAAGGACAGGAAGGACCGAGCGUCGGUGGACUCCACGCAGGACAAGAGGAACAAGCAGAGGCUCCCCGAGAAGGGGGAGAAGAGGCCCCCUGCGGAGGACAAGGCCAAGAGCAGGCACCGGGAGAGGCCGGACCGGGAGCAGGGCCGCGAGAGGAAGGCGAGCAAGGGCACCGACGCGGAGAAGAGCCUGCUGGAGCGGCUGGAGGAGGCGGCGCUGCAGGACUUGCGCGAGGACUCCAACGACAAGGCCAGCGACGCGUCGUCGGACGGCUUCCCCGACCGCGGCCACGACCCGGGCCUCGGCGCCCUCCUGGAGGCGCCCUUCCCGGAGCCCCCGGAGGAGCGGGCACGGGAGAGGGAGCGGCACCGGCACGCCUCGUCCUCCUCCAAGAAGAGCCAUGACCGAGAGCGGGUCAGGAAAGACAAGCCCGAGAAGAAGGAGAAGAGCGACGACUGCAAGGACACGGGCGGCCGGAAGGACAGCAGCCAGUACGAGAAGGAGGUCCUGGAGGCCGACACUUACGGCCUCUCCUACGGCAGCAUCAAGGCCGACGCAGAGGACGAAUUAGAGAAAACCAUCGAGUUGUUUUCUACCGAAAAGAAGGAGAAAAAUGAUCCUGAAAGAGAACCUCCCAAGAAGGUAGAGAAGGAACUGAGGCCUUACGGCUCUAGCACCGUGAGCCUCCUGAAGGAGAAGAGGCGGCGGGAGAAGCACCGGGAGCGGUGGCGGGACGAGAAGGAGCGGCACCGGGACCGGCACGGGGACGGGCCCCCACGGCACCACCGGGAGGAGCUCAAGCCCGCGGCCAGGGACAAGGACAACCCUCCCGGCUCCUUCCGAGACAAGCCCAAGGACGAGGGCGGGAAGCUUGGCGAGGCCAAGCUGAAGGAGAAGGUCAAGGAGAAUCUGGAGAAGGACAAGGGCGACCCCGUAAAGCUGAGCAACGGGAACGACAAGCUCCUCCCGGUCAGAGACCCCAGUAAGAAAGACGUCCGGCCGCGGGAAAAGCUCCUGGGCGACGGGGACCUGAUGAUGACGAGCUUCGAGCGGAUGCUCUCCCAGAAGGACCUGGAGAUCGAGGAGCGCCACAAACGGCACAAGGAGAGGAUGAAGCAGAUGGAGAAGCUGCGCCACCGGUCUGGUGACCCCAAGCUCAAGGACAAGGCCAGGCCCGCCGAGGACGGGCGGAAGAAGGGCCUGGACGGCCCACCGAAGAAGCCGCUGGGGCUGGACCCUGCCCCGAAGGACAGGAAGCUCAAGGAGUCAGCCCCUGCCACCCCUGCUGCCGAGAACAAGCCCCACCCGGGACCCGCGGUGGACCCCCGAGACUGGCUGGCAGGCCCCCACAUGAAAGAGGUCUUGCCCGCUUCCCCCAGGCCGGACCACGGCCGGCCCACCGGGGUCCCCACCCCCGCCUCGGUGGUGUCCUGCCCCAGCUACGAGGAGGCCAUGCACACGCCCCGGACCCCGUCCUGCAGCGCCGACGACUACCCCGACCUCAUGUUCGACUGCACAGACCCCCAGCCCGUGUCCAGCACGUCCGCCAGCGCCUGCUCGCCCUCCUUCUUUGACAGGUUCUCCGUGGCCGCCAGCGGGACUUCAGAAACACCGGGCCAGACACCUACGAGGCCGCUGUGCGCGAACCUUUACCGCUCGGUGUCUGUGGACAUCAGGAGGACCCCUGAGGAAGAGUUCGGACUCGGGGACAAGCUGUUCAGACAGCAGAGCGUCCCUGCGGCGCCCAGCUACAGCUCGCCGGGGCAGCACCCGGAGGACAAGGCCCUGGGGCCCCCAGCACCCACCGAGAAGUUCGCCUGCUUGUCUCCGGGGUAUUACUCCCCGGACUAUGGCAUCCCCUCCCCCAAAGCGGACGCCUUGCACUGUCCGCCUGCGGCCGCAGCCAACAUCACCCCAUCCCCAGAGGGUGCCUUCUCCGGCUUACCGACGAAGUCCCCCCCUUCACACAGAGACGAGCUCUUGGCCCCGUCCAUGGAGGGGGCCCUUCCCCCUGACCUUGGCAUUCCCCUGGAUGCCACGGAGGACCAGCAGGCCACCGCGGCCAUCAUCCCCCCGGAGCCCAGCUUCCUGGAGCCCCUGGACGAGGGCCCUUUCAGCACGGUCAUCACAGAGGAGCCGGUCGAGUGGGCGCACCCUGCCACCGUGGAGCAGGGCCUCCCCUCUGGCCUCAUCGGGGGCACCCCCGAAAACCCCGCCAGCUGGCCCGUGGGGUCGGACCUCCUGCUGAAGUCCCCACAGAGAUUCCCGGAGUCCCCGAAACAUUUCUGCCCUGCCGAGUCUCUCCACCCGGAGCCCCCUUACCCGGUGUCGCCCGUCUCAUACCCUCUGUCGGUCCCCGAGCCGGGACUGGAAGUCAAGGACGAGGCCGGGGAAGCAGUCCCGGCCGCGGUCUCUGCUUUAGAAGAGCCAGCCGCGUUUGCCCCUCCCUCCAGGCUGGAGUCCUUCUUCAGUAACUGCAAGUCCCUUCCGGAAGCGCCCCCCGACGCGCCCCCCGAGCCUGCGUGUGUGACGGCCGUGGCUCAGGUGGAGGCCCUGGGUCCCCUGGAGAACAACUUCCUGGAAAGUGGUCACAACCUGUCUGCCCUCGGCCAGGUGGAGCCGGUGCCCUGGCCCGGUGCCUUCCCCGCCACCGAGGAUGACCUCGACCUGGGGCCUUUCUCGCUGCCGGAGCUUCCUCUCCAGACGAAGGAUGUUUCCUAUGUCGAAGCAGAGCCUGUGGAAGAGAGUCCUCUCGUUCCUCUGGACAACGCCCCUGCGCUCCCGAGUGGCGGGGAUAUCUCUGUGGCAGCUGCUGAGGAACAGCAGGUGCUGCCUCCUGACCAGGUGGCCGCCCGGCUCACAACUGAGCCUGCGCCUGAGCCCCCAGAGGAGCCGAAGCCAGUCGCGCUGCCCGAGGCCACAGUGGAGGCCGGGGCCGGGCCGGAGGGGAGGGCCCCCGAGGACUCCGACCCUGGCUCUGGGCCCACGCCAGCCCCCUCAGAGCAGCAUCCACCGGGGAGUGGGGACGAGCAGGCCGAGGGCCCAGACCCCUCGGCCACGCCCCACAGUGCUCCCGACGCCCCCGGGGACGGCUCGGCCCAGGCCCGCGCAGCGGAUGGGGCCGGCCCCCAGGACAGUGCCGGGCUCGAGGGGCCUCCGGACGGCGUCCAGCCUGAAGCCCCCGAACCGGAACCCAAACCGACAGCCGAAGCCCCAAAGGCGCCCAAGGUGGAGGAGAUCCCCCAGCGCAUGACCAGGACCCGGGCCCAGAUGCUGGCCAACCAGCAGAAGCAGAGCUCGCCGCCCACCGAGAAGGAGGCUGCGGCCGCGCCCACCCCCAGGGCCAAGGGCCGCGGCUCUGAGGACGAUGACCCCCAGGCCCAGCACCCGCGCAAACGCCGCUUCCAGCGCUCCAGCCAGCAGCUGGCCCAGCAGAUGCACACGUCCACGCGUCAGACGCGGGAGGUGAUCCAGCAGACGCUGGCUGCCAUCGUAGACGCCAUCAAGCUGGACGACAUCGAGCCUUACCACAGCGACAGGUCCAACCCGUACUUCGAGUACCUGCAGAUCAGGAAGAAGAUUGAGGAGAAGCGCAAGAUCCUCUGCUACAUCAGCCCGCAGGCGCCCCAGUGCUAUGCCGAGUACGUCACCUACACCGGCUCCUACCUCUUGGACGGCAAGCCACUCAGCAAGCUGCACAUCCCCGUGAUCGCGCCCCCUCCCUCCCUGGCGGAGCCCCUGAAGGAGCUGUUCAAGCAGCAGGAGGCCGUGCGUGGGAAGCUGCGCCUGCAGCACAGCAUCGAGCGGGAGAAGCUGAUCGUCUCCUGCGAACAGGAGAUCCUGCGGGUUCACUGCCGGGCAGCGAGGACCAUCGCGAACCAGGCGGUGCCAUUCAGCGCCUGCACCAUGCUGCUGGACUCGGAGGUGUACAACAUGCCGCUCGAGAGCCAGGGUGAUGAGAACAAGUCAGUGCGGGACCGGUUCAACGCCCGCCAGUUCAUCUCCUGGCUGCAGGACGUGGACGACAAGUAUGACCGCAUGAAGACGUGUCUCCUGAUGCGGCAGCAGCACGAGGCCGCGGCCCUCAACGCUGUGCAGAGGAUGGAGUGGCAGCUGAAGGUGCAGGAGCUGGACCCCGCCGGGCACAAGUCCCUGUGUGUGAACGAGGUGCCGUCCUUCUACGUGCCCAUGGUCGACGUCAACGACGACUUCGUGCUCCUUCCGGCCUGACGCGGUGGGACAGCUGCCCGGGUCACAGGCGAGCCCCCCAGUCCGCCGCCGAGUCCGGGCGGUGGAAGGAGACCACGUCCCUGGUGGGGACAUCCAGGGAGAAGCCCGCGCUGGGCCCCUGGCGUGCGGCUCUCUCACACCCGCCGCCGCGGGAGGACGCAGAGCCGGGGACGCGGGCACGGACACGGACACGGCAGCCUCAGGCUCUUUUCCGGCGGCUGCACAGGCAUCUCAGGAGCUGCAGGAUGGAGAGCGUUUUUUUAAAUUCCUUGUUUCAUUUCUGAUCGACUAAAGAGAAUAAAAGUUAAGGCGUCCACCCCUCACCAACAGCGGCCUCCGGGUCAGAGGGUGGGGAGAGCUUCGGGCCGGCAGCCGUCCUGUCGCCACGAAGCUGCCGACGGUGCCAGCCCGAGAUCUGGGCUGGGACGCUGGGCCGGGUGAGGGCCUGGCUGCGCCGCCCGCCCGCCCGCCUCACAGGGACACGCAGGCAGGACUCCGGGUUGUGUUUUUAAUGGAGUCAAAUCCACGUGGUUUGUAUAUUUUUUCCUUUAAUCUUGGGCAUUUUGUUUCUCUUUCUGAGAACAUAACUUGAAACACUACAGAGCCAAUAAUCAUAUAAAAAGUGUACCCGUAAACGCUGUACAGUUUUAUACACGUUCACAAUGUACUUUUGCUGCCUUCUAGAUAAUUUAUUUUGCAACACAUUACUGCACAGUUGUAAAUAACUUAUGUACUGUAACAUCACUUCAGUUAUGUGUAAAGAAAUAAAUAAAUUAAUUAAAUGCUCUUUGUA